AUGUUUGAUGAAACAUAUUCAACGCAACUGACAUUCAAACUGACUAAAGAUACACCGUUUCAUGGUCCAACUCAAGGAUAUGUAGAUUUGCAUCGAUUUUCUUUAAUUGAUGAUUAUCCAGAUUUUCAAGGACAGCGCGUAAUUGUAUAUGCAACACUAGACACAGUCGCAAGAUCAGGGAAAGACCUUCACGUAAAAAUUUCCAUUGCUUCUUUAAUUUUAGGAAAAGAUUACGAAUCAACAGCUGAUUUCAAGAUUAGUGCCAAAGAUAAUGUAAAUGUUACAGUUGAAGGACCCGAUGUAUCAAUACAAAUGUUAUAUUCACAGUACGAGAAUUAA